GCGGAGCAGCGCAGCUUCCACAGGGUCAGGUGUGGCUCAGCUUGUCGGUCAUAAGUCGAGUGACGGUUUUUCCAUCUUUUUUUCCCGGGAAUUAGUGAUCGCUCGGCCCUGCUAGAAAAAAAAGAGAGGGAUGUCUCUACGCUGCGGGGGCGCGGUCCGCACCGUGGGCCCCCGGGUAUUUGGAAGAUAUUUAUGCAGUCCAGUCAGAGAAGUAAGUUCCUUGCCAGAUAAAAAAAAGAAAUUUUUGCAGAAUGGACCAGACCUUCAAGAUUUUGUAUCUGGUGAUCUAGCAGACAAGAGCACCUGGGACGAAUAUAAAGGAGACUUAAAACGCCAGAAAGGAGAAAGGUUAAGACUACCUCCAUGGCUAAAGACAGAGAUUCCCAUGGGGAAAAAUUACAAUAAACUGAAAAAUACAUUGCGGAAUUUAAAUCUUCAUACAGUGUGUGAGGAAGCUCGAUGUCCCAAUAUUGGAGAGUGUUGGGGGGGCGGAGAACAUGCCACUGCCACUGCCACAAUCAUGUUGAUGGGUGACACAUGUACAAGAGGUUGUAGAUUUUGUUCUGUUAAGACUGCAAGAAAUCCACCUCCACUGGAUGCCAAUGAGCCCUACAAUACUGCAAAGGCAAUUGCAGAGUGGGGUCUGGAUUAUGUAGUCCUGACGUCUGUGGAUCGAGAUGAUAUGCCUGAUGGAGGAGCUGAGCACUUUGCAAAGACUGUGUCUUACUUAAAGGAAAGGAAUCCGAAAAUCCUUGUGGAAUGUCUCACCCCUGAUUUCCGAGGAGAUCUUAAAGCAAUAGAAAAAGUUGCUCUGUCAGGAUUAGAUGUGUAUGCACAUAAUGUAGAAACAGUUCCAGAAUUACAAAGGAAGGUUCGUGAUCCCAGGGCCAAUUUUGACCAGUCUCUACGCAUACUGAAACAUGCCAAGGAAGUUCGACCUGAUGUUAUUUCUAAAACAUCUAUAAUGUUGGGUUUAGGUGAGAAUGACGAGCAAGUAUAUGCAAUGAUGAAAGUACUUCGUGAAGCAGAUGUGGACUGUUUGACCUUAGGACAAUAUAUGCAGCCAACAAAGCGCCACCUUAAGGUUGAAGAAUACAUUACUCCUGAAAAGUUCAAAUACUGGGAAAAAGUAGGAAAUGAACUUGGAUUUCAUUAUACUGCAAGUGGCCCUCUGGUGCGUUCUUCAUAUAAAGCAGGUGAAUUUUUCCUGAAAAGUCUGGUGGCUAAAAGAAAAACAAAAGCCCUCUAACACUUAACAAGACAUUCAAGAUCACAGGAAUUUUAAAACUUUGACUCCAGGUAGCAGAAGUGAUGGCAGAAUGCCUAAACUUCAGUGGAUAUAUCCCAGUCUUUUUGUUUUACGAAAGAUAUCAAUAAGCUGUGCAUAUUUAAUUAUAAUAAUUCAUUUGUCUUUUAGCAUAUCUUCUUUGUCCCAGUAAACAAUUGCUUGUUAUGAUGUAAUCAUAAAACAUCUUUGUAAGAGUUUACUGUUAAUAGUGUAGUUUAAACAAUACAUUAAAAACUUGUAGAAAAUC